AGCCUUUUCGCGGCGGAGGAAAGCUCGAAUAUUAAUCCAUCGAGCUCAAAUUUCAUCCACCACUACACCGACGUCGCUUCGGCUCCCGACAAUUCAAGGUCCGAUGUCGGCUUACGCCAUGAGGUCGGUUCUGGCGGUUUUCAUAGUUUCUGUCGCCGUUUCCUGCUGCGAGGGUGCUUGUGAUGGGGGACUCCUAGAUUGGAGCAAUGUGAGAGAAUUGACUUUCCUACGGGGCGAGAAGACGAAAUUAGACCCAAAGGGAGUGACUAAUCUGAAGGAGGAAACCCGACUUCAAUGCAUGAGCUUCUACAUAUGCCUAAUCAAGAAGGCCGCAGGCGGGCGCUGCAAGAAACCUGACCAGGGAGCGUACGAUCUUUCAAAAUGGGUGUGCGACGUCGAGUACCAUGAAGGCUGGCUGGUGUGGGUGCUGCUUUCAAAGCUGGAAUGCGAGACUAGCACUGAGGAAUGCGUCGACCCAAACUCGUGCAGCUUGCGAUACGCUCCCGAGCUGACACCGAUAGGGGUCGGUUUGGUCCUGGCGAUUGUCAUCGUUGCCACCUUGCUCUUGGUCGGUGUAUGCUGCGGAAUCGCGAGAUGCUGCUGUCCAUCAGGGAAUCGCAAACAUUCCCGCUGAAAGAAACAUGCACGUUUCAAAUAUAUCCUCUGAGCCGAAUAAAAGUCCUUGACUUCGAUCU